AUGGAAAAAAUUGUUGAAAUUAAGGGUUCCACGAUUACCGCACCGACCUUUGAUCUACAAUCCAAUUUAUGUUUCUGCUCCUUGAACGGUGAGGUAUACCUGUUGCCUCAUCAUGAAAGUGCUCAAACACCCAUUGUAUUAACGAAAGGAAUUGGUCCGAGCGGAAUUUGCUUCAGUAAUGAAGGAGUGUUGUAUGUUGCAGAUGGAGCAGAUCAGUGUAUAAAACAAUUAGAUCCUGAGAAUAAUCGUUUAGAUGUUGUAAAACGAGAAUACAGAGGAAAGCCUUUUAUUGGUCCGAACAAUAUUGUUUGUGAUUCAAAAGGAAGUUUGUUUUUCACGGAUAGUGGACCUCUUGGAGAAACAUCAUUAGAGAAUCCAAAGGGUUCUGUAUUUUGCAUAUCGCCAGAUUUCAAACAUAUCAAAGCAUUGGCCUAUGAAUGUCUCGCCUAUCCAAGCAGUAUUGUCAUUUCUCCUCAAAAUGAAAACAUUAUCUACGUAGCAGAAACAAUGAGAAAUCGAAUUGUGAGAUUUGUUCAUGUGAAUGGUGUAUAUCAUUCGAGUGUGUUUCAUCAGCUCAGUGGAAGUUUUGGUCCCAUGGGUCUUGCAUGUGACGAUGUUGGAAAUAUCUAUGUGGCCAUGUAUGAAUUCAAACAAUUAACAAACGAAGGAAGAAUUUUAGUACUCACAGAAAGCGGUACUCUUAGAAAAGAAAUAAUUGUGGACAAUAUUUGCGAAAUCACAGGCCUGUAUUACAAACGAGGAAGCUUGUACAUUUGUGAAGCAUCCUGUAUUUACAAAUACGAUUUGGAAUGA